CGAGACUAAUGUUAAUUUCAACUGAUUAUCCCUUUGAGUUUAAAAGAAUACAAUUCCCACUCAAAGUUUGCUUCGCUAUGACUAUUAAUAAGUCUCAAAGACAAUCAUUGAGCAUGGCAGGGAUUGAUUUGAGAGAAUUAUGUUUUUCACAUGGACAGUUAUAUGUCGCAUGUUCUAGAGUUAGCUCUGCCAGUAGUUUGGUUAUUUUAGCCCCAAAAGGCAGUACCAAAAAUACUGUUUAUAAAGAGGUAUUGAAAUGAACAAAAUAUGUCAAUAUAAAUA